CCUAGAACUGUACCUAAUUUGCUUCAUAUUGGUCCAGGCUUUGCAAAGUUGAUGGGACACAGACACACACACACCUACACCUCAGGCAUUAUGUACAGAAUGCUGGGUGCUCUAAUAAGCUUACUUAAGAAAAGUAGGCUAAAAAAAAGUAGAUAAAGUCACAUCUAUUUAUAAAUAUUUUAUAAAUACAUCUAUUUAUAAAUAUUUUAUAAAUCUAUUUAUGUACAUAUGCCGAGAAGCAACAAUUGGCAACAGGUCUCUUGAAUAUGUAUAUACACCCAAAUAGACAUGCAUGCAUUCAUCUUAUGUAGCAAAUUGCACAUGGAGUUCAUGCAUUCUCCUACACAAAAGAAAAUCUGUGUGUGGCACUUUUAUCUGUGCAUGAAGUGGGCUACUGUUGAUUUGUUAAAAGCAAAUUCAGAUGUCACUAGAUGGCGCCCCAUAUCAAUAAGUCCAUUUGGCUCCCCCCCUCCACCCCAUAUAAAUUCCAUUUGAGCCCCUCUGCUGCAAUCCACAGGAUUCCAUUCUGUCCCCAGUUCCAAGAAUAUGCCGUCCAUGCAUAAAUUUAGCUGGGCCAGUUUUCCCAUUUCCUCUCCAUAGCAAAGGACCUGUGGGAUGGUUACAUAUUUAUACCCCAUGUCCCACGUGCCUGGCUCAUCCCAGGGCUGCAAAUACCAGGCAGAGGCGUGCAGUGACUGAGAUCUACCCCACUUGACUCCUCCCACCCUCCAGUCCAUGCUGGCCAAGGCUGAGAAUAGAACCGGAGUCAGGUUCCUGCAUACAGCUAGAGCAAGACUGGGCAAGAGGAGACUAGAUAGAUAUACAGUACUAGGUAAGAGCAGCUAGGACCACUUAAAUAAAAGAGAGAGCAAAUGGGACAAGGAGAAGUACUGGAGACCGAACUGUAAGGAGGUGCUCCAGAGCAUUCCUGGAUUCUCCUCCCUGAGAGAGCCGCUGUGCCCGCAGUGCUGAUCCGAAAUCCACUCCAGGUCCACUCCGACCCAGCAAGAUGAUUAGCGAUGAAUACCUGACGGAGUACAAAUUGGAACCGGAGGACCCUCGUUUGCGGGAGCCAGGAUCCGCUCCGCUCCUGCAGACCACUAUCGAUAUACCGCCUAAAGCAGACCCCCGGGAUCCACAUGGGAUCAACCAGCACCUAAAGCUGGAAUUCUCCGACAUCCUUGCUGAGCCUUCCUCGUUCCGCAGCUUUGACCGGAUCUGGACCUGGAGCGACAUCGUCUUUGAGAGCUCGCGCCUCUGGUGUUACCGCGUCAUCUCCCUACUCUGCGCUGUGCCAGUCUCUCUCUUCUCAGGCUUUCUUUUUGCCUGCCUAGGCUGUCUGCAUAUCUGGUGUGUGAUGCCUUGUAUCCAGCUCUGCACCAUGGCGAUGCCUCCAGUCCGCACCCUCUGGUCCAGCAUUCUGGAUGUAGCGAUUGCCCCACUCUUUGCCAGUCUGGGGCGUUGCUGCAGUGCCAUCUACCUCACCGUCACUCAGAAGUGACAAACAGACCCCUCUCCCCUCAAGCCUCCGCGGCAAAGACUCUCCUUCCCAACUGAUUAAGACCCACUGAAGACUCCACACAAGAGAGGACUAUCUAGGGACUCUUUGACCUUGGGCUUAAAAGGUGCAAUGAGGGGAGGGCAGAGGAAAGGGAAAGUGAGAGACGGGAGGGUGAGGGAGACAAUGCUCACGGGGGAUGAAGUGAAAUUAAACUCCUCCAUUUUUACUCGC